AUGUUGACAUUAGCUCGACUUGUCUGUCCCUCGCGCUCCCAACCAAACGACAUCUCGAUCCAGCGUAUGGAGCCGUCUAGGGACUUCCAUCAUCCAUACACUCCCUAUGACAUUCAAAGACAGUUGAUGGAAGCAAUCUACACCACCCUUGUAGAUAACUACAAGGUGGGGGUGUUUGAGCUGCCCACAGGUACAGGCAAGACCCUUUCGAUCAUAUGUUCCACCAUGACAUGGCUACGACAAGUGAAGCGUGAUCAGGCUUUUUCUAAGCAAGAAACAAAUGGAGCUGAUGGUUCCGAUGACGAUGAACCUGAUUGGGUCAAAGAAGCCUAUCAAUCACAACAAACACAGCACCAGAGAUCCAAAAUCGUCGAGUUUGAAAAAUUCCUUACUUCAUUACAAAAGGACUACGACUCUGGCAAUCAGCAUAUCGAGAAGUCACGCGUGAAAAAACGCUUGAAAGGACCGUCAAAGUCAGAAGUUGCUGAGGAUGAAUUUUUACCGGAAGAUUACAUUGAAGGGGAACACCAGUCAAGCCUGAUAGACGAUGAAAACGCACGAUUGGCUCAAGAGAUCAAUCUGCUUCUUGUUAAAAGCUCAGUGACGGCUCAAGCUGAAUCAUUUGAGCCGGAAGAGAAUCAGGUAAAGAUUUACUUUUGUUCUCGUACUCACUCCCAACUUAAUCAGUUUGCUCACCAACUCAAAAUAACCGAGUUUCCUUCCAUUGCGGACGAUGUCAAAGAGCGGGUGAAGUACAUCCCACUCGGAUCUCGCAAGCAGCUAUGCAUUAACCCUCGCAUCAACAACGGCAAACUGGGCGAUAUGGCAAUCAACGACGCAUGUCUUGAUCUCCAGAAGAAAGAUACCGGCUGUCAGUAUCUUCCCAAAAACUAUCUACAAGAUGACUUGGUAAAUCGCUUUGCUAACUUGACAGUUGCAAAAGUACAUGAUAUCGAGGAACUCGCUGAAAUGGGUGAGAAUCUUAAGUGUUGUCCUUAUUAUACUUUGAGAAAAGCUUUGAACGUAUCACACGAUGUCAUCUCCGUGCCCUAUCAAAUGAUGUUCUCAGAAAGAACACGAGAUGCACUUGGUAUUGAUUUGACCAACCUGAUAGUGGUGGUUGAUGAGGCUCAUAAUAUUACCGACACUAUCUGCCUGUUACAUCUGACCCUGAUUUCCAAGAAAGAAUUUGAACAAGCAUUAAAGGGACUCACUAUCUACCUCAAAAAGUUUAUGCGGCGCCUUAACAGCGGGAAUCGUAUCAACUUAACUAAACUUAUCAAGUUUUGUCUGGUGGUUGUCAAGUUCAUCGACAAAAGUGAGGCUACAGGCGUCAAAGAAGGGCAGGAGGUCAAAGUAUCGCAAAUCAUCGGCGAAACUAAUGCUGAUAUCGCCAAUGUCUUUAACCUUGAGACGUUCAUGACCAAAACAAAAAUUGCAUAUAAAAUCGAAGCAUACUUGGAUAGUCGUGAAGACGACGAUACCACAUCCCUGAAACUGCCUUUACUUUUCAAAGUUGUGCAAUUUUUACGUUGCAUUAACAACCCUCAACUGGAAGGUAAAUUUUUCUGGUCGAAGAAAUCGGAUGGUACCAUUCUUCUAAGCUAUAUGUUGUUGGAUCCCAGUGCUGUAUUUGAACAAGUAGUUUCGAAAGCGCUGAAAGUUCUUCUAUGCGGCGGUACCAUGGAGCCCGUGGCAGAUUAUUACGACUACUUGUUCCCCCAUAUUCCACGAAGCGAAGUGAAUGUUUUCAAAUGUGGCCACAUCAUUCCUGAGGAAAACUUGAGUGUCUUUCCUAUAUCCUCCUACAAUAACAUGAAUUUUGACUUCUCAUUUCAGCAGAGAAAUGAUCCUAAAUUGAUUCGUACAUUGGGGAACCUUAUCAACGAUUUGUGCAAAAGAGUUCCACACGGUUUGGUUGUAUUCUUUCCGCUGUAUGCCUAUUUGUCCAAAGUGCUUGAAAUCUGCUCAUUUGCUGACUGUCCAAAACCAUUAUUUAAGGAGUCUCUGACAACCAUAAGUUUGGAAAGCCUCUUAGCUGACUAUAGCAUUGCAGCAAACUCCUCGAAAGGAGCAAUGCUUUUCGCAGUGGUUGGUGGCAAGCUUUCAGAAGGUAUCAACUUCAACGACAACUUAGCACGUGCCGUGGUUAUGGUGGGGAUGCCAUAUGCAAAUGCAUUUUCAGGUGAAAUCGUUGCCAAACGAAAUUAUAUUGAGAAGACAACACGAGCUAAUGGGGGUACCAGUACGGAGGCAAAGAAAGCAUCGCAACUGUUUUACGAAAACUUGUGCAUGAGAUCAAUCAAUCAAAGUGUGGGAAGAUGUAUUAGACAUGCGAAGGAUUAUGCCACAAUAUACUUAGUUGACCAACGGUAUCUGCAACCACGCAUUCAGAAUAAGCUUUCACAGUGGGUAAAAGACAGAAUUGAACCAGAUGACUGGGAAGGUAAAACCACGGACUUUUUUGCGAUGGUGAGAAAGUGA